UCUCACUCUUGGUAUACCUCCUAUCGUGGAUCCCUGGCGGACAGUUCGAAAAGAGUUCAACAGAGUGCUGCGCUCUUGCGAGAACGGUGCUGGACGAUCCUGUAACGUAUGUGCAGGAUAGAAUAGCAAGUUUUGCGGCAGCUACGUAAAUUCAGACAUCAAAGUCUUAAUAUCUCGCAGGCAGCUGGCACGCCAACGACGUCAUUUGUGGGUGACUUAUUCGAGAUGGAAUCUGGGAAGGAUUUGGCUUCCUCUGAAGAUGAGUUCAUCAAAGCAGUGGCAGCCACUGUACUCCUUGCACAAGUAGAGCAGAAACAACAUCAUUCACACUCCUUCUCUUCCUCCUUGCUGUGGUGUUAUAUUCAGAGGCGCAGGCCAAAGCUCAAGAGAUCGAUCGCAUGGUUUGAGAUACCCGUCUGCCCGAGUUCAGGGAUAGCUUACGCCGAGGCUGUACUUUUGGAGAGCUGGCGGUGGCAUUCAGGCCUCAUCGACACUCUAGCAGUGCUUCCAUGCACGACAACGACGGCAAACGUUUUUCACGGCAUGUAUAUACCAAAAGGCAAGUCAUAUGCUUCGAUAGUUAUGCUGCAUCUCGCUCGCCUUCAUGUAGGUGUGACUGUGCUAAUCAAUUUUGGUUCGGACUUGUUUUUCUACGGUUCGACAAAUGUCUUCAAUUCCUGUGACCAAUGGCGAUAACGCGGAAUGAAAUGCAUUACCCAAAUCCCGCUGCAUUCGACCAAGCACCUAACUGUUGGUGGAAUGCUUAGUCAAAGUACGACCUCCCCAUAUAUUGGACUCGAUCGGUGGGCUUGUUAUUUGCAUAUGAGAGAGAGAAACAGCGCCGGACAUAGGUGGAAUUCAUAGCCGCAUCUGCUCAGGCAGGCGUAUCGCAGACCAAAGCCUUUGAGCAGC